AUGGCAUCGUCAAUCUCCCUCUCCCUCUCCACGCUUUAUACAUCACAAACUCGACAUCAUGUUUCUAACAUCCAUCAUCGCCUCCGCAGCUGGGACAAGCUCUACACCGCCGAACUCACAAACCACGCCGCCAACCCUUCCGACACCGGCACAAACUGGUUCGACGACUCCGACGCAGAGGGCCGCAUCGUCGCCUUCCUCGACGCCCUCACCGAAGACGACCAGGAACUCCUCCAGAGCCCGCUGUCCAAGGAGAGCGCCGCGCUGAUGGAUCUCGGGUGCGGCAACGGCGAGCUGCUGUUUGCGCUGAGGGACGACGGGUGGCAAGGGCAGAUGCUGGGCGUGGACUACAGCGCGCAGAGCGUCGCCUUGGCGAAGAGCAUCGGCGAGACGAGGGACGCUCAAGAGGAACAAGAACAAACCGAAGACGCGGAAAAGACCCCGUCCGUCCGCUUCCUCGAAUGGGACCUCCUCGCCGGUCCGCUCUCCGCCUCCGACGCCUCCUCCCCGCUGUCCUUUGCCCCCUCCGAAGCCCUCUUCGACAUCAUCCUCGACAAGGGCACCUUUGACGCAAUCAGCCUGUCCGCAGCAUCCUCCGAAACAAACCCCUGCGAGACGUACCGCAAGCGUCUCCUGCAGCUGCUCAACCCCCAUGGCGGCGUCUUCCUCGUCACGAGCUGCAACUGGACCGAGCCCGAGCUGCGGAGCUGGUUCGAGGAAGACGAGGAUGGGGAGCUGCGCGUCGUCGGCAGGGUCGAGUAUCCGACGUUUACCUUUGGCGGCGUCAAAGGCCAGACGAUUACGACGCUGUGCUUUAGGAGGGGGAAGGGCGUGAGCGAGUGA